AAGCUCGACAACAACAAGGCUUUGGCUAAGUUUGUCAGACGUCUCGAGAAGUCGUGCGUUGAGACCGUAGAUGACGGGCACCUGACUAAGGAUUUGGCCGGUUGUAUACAUGGCCUCAAGAACCUCAAAGAAGGUGACUAUUUAUAUACAAUGGACUUCUUGGACGCUAUCGUCGAGAAUCUGGAGGACAAACUCGGAGACUCUAAAUGAUUAACCAUUGAUUUAAAACUGUAUAUUAUUAUAGAAAUACC